AUGUUUAGAUAUAACGAUAGCAGUGCUCAUUUGUAUGUAGCAGCGAAAGGGAACCAGAAGGAAGGUGGAGCAGUGAAUGAUGGAGAAAUGGGUGAGAAUUUGUUUGGGCUGUCGGCAGAAAUGACUGAAGGUGUGGUGAACCUUGGUGAUAACUAUGAACCACUCAUUGUUGACUAUGGAGUGGGGCAAUAUAUUCCACAUGCCCAAGCUUUUAGGGAGGCUGUGUACAGGUUUAGUAUUGCACAGAAGUUUGCAACGACAUAUGUGAGAAACAGUAGGGAGAAGAUGAAUGUGAGGUGUAAAGUGGAAGGGUGUCCAUGGAAGAUUUGUGCAAAUGCUGUUGGGAGGGAUACUCUUUUAUUACGCAUGACCACAUUCGUUAAUGAACACAUUCAUUCAGCGCAAGAUAACCUAGAUGUCACUUAUACUGGCAAUGCUACGUUGACGUCAUCAAUAAUACUUGAGGAGAUAAGGAACCAUACCGAAAAGCGUCCUACUGAAAUAAGGAAGACACUGGAAAGGAAAUAUGGUGUGAGGCUAACAUAUGCUCAAGCUUACAGAGCAAAGGAAAAGGCCAUGGAACACAUACAUGGGAAACCGGAAGAAUCCUAUAUGUUCAUACCAUGGAUAUGCCAAAGAUGGAAGGAAACUGAUGAUAAAACAGUUGCUGAAUGGGCUGCCGUUGGUAAUACAUUUGAGCCGGUUUUCAUUGUAUAUGGUUCGUGUAUUGAGGGUUUUUUGAGUGGUGCAAGGGCUAUAUUAUAUAUUGAUGGAACUCAUUUAAGUGGUCCAUAUAAGGGGACACUACUCUCAGCGUCGGGAUAUGAUGCAGAUAAUGACUUGUUGCCUUUUGCAAUAGCAGUGGUGAAAUCAGAGAAUCUUGAUGACUGGACUUGGUUUCUGUUCAAAAUUAAAGAAAUUGUUGGUUCGGUGCAGGUGACAAUUGUAGCUGAGAACUAUGUCUCUGAGUUACAUGAUUGGGUUAUCAAUCAAGGUGAUGUGAAUAGGUGGGCAAUGAGCAAGUUCUCAUUUAAAAGAUGGGACAAUAUAACAACCAAUAUAGCUGAGUCUUCCAAUUCUUGGAUGGUGAAGGAGAGAAAGCAUAAUGUGGCGCAAAUGAUCCAUGAGCAUCGGGAGAAAGUAGCAAGGAAGAUGCAUGCAUCAUAUAUGUUUAUGAGUAAGUGGAGGAAUUGUGUUGGGCCAAAAACCGAGGCAAAGGUUCUGGAGAAUGUGUAUUUCAGUAGGUAUAUGAGCUAUGACAAUUAUGGAGGCGGAAGACUGUGUGUACAUACAUCUCGUGGAGAUCAAAGAGUAGACCUUGGUCUACACCAAUGUAGUUGUCUUGGUUGGCAAAUGUCAGGAAUUCCAUGCUGCCAUGCUUGUGCAGCCAUUAAGACUGUGGGGGGAAAUGUAUAUGAAUAUGUUGAAGACUAUUACAAAAUUUCAGCACAGGAGAAAAUAUAUGGCAGGAGCAUGGUUCCAGUGGUAACAAUCGAUAUGCCUAACCCAAAUGACUAUAUGUUUGAGAAUCUUGCUGAACAAACCCUGUUUUUACCACCAAAUACAAGUAGGCCUCCUGGAAGACCAAGGACUAAACGGCAGGAAUCACAAUUCCAGAACAAAAAAACUGCUUACUUGUUAUAUCAGCAAAUAGAGGUUGCUACUGCUUACUUGUUAUAUCAACAAAUAGAGGUUGCUGUCAAACCACCUGUGCUUUGUGGUUAUUUGGCAUACUGA